UUAGACCACGUUUAAAUCAUUGAACCUUUCGAUAACUCUCUCAUUUCACUACCUACCUACUCAAAUCAACUUCACUGUGUGACUAUGUAGCUCUCAAACUCUUUUUUACAGGAUUAUAUCUCAGCUGGAACUCCUGUCAAAAGCCUCGAUCAAGAUGGCCUUCCUUAUACCACUUCUUCUCUCCUUCACACAUUUUCUGGCCAACUCCAACGCCAACCCGACAACCACCAUCACAAACAUCACCACCAGCAGCACCAACCUAACCACCACCACAGACUUCCCAGAUCUACCAGAUCCAUCCUUCGACUACGCUGAAAUCACCAAACAACCGUUCUUCGUGGACAAAACAGAUCUUCUUCAAGCACUCUUCGAACCCUCCGAUCCAUCUUCAAAAUACCCAGUUCAUUUCAUCACCGUUCCUCCAAAUUUCGGCAAAACAGUCAAUCUAAACAUGAUCAAACAAUUCGUUCAAAUCCAACUCGACUCCUCCAAGACGCCCAUACCACCCAACCAGACCAAUUCCUACACCUUAUUCAGUAACUUAUCAAUCGCCCAGAACAAAUCCAUCAUCCAAGAUCAUCUAGCUCGAUACCCUGUAAUCAGUCUGGACCUAUUGGAUAUCGCUUUAUUGGGCUUGCAAGCGGAAAACAUCUUGGAAGAGUUACAUUACAGAAUACAAGACUCGGUCGAAGCUUUCAUAGGUAUCGAUCACCUCCUGGAGUACUUCGAUCAACACGGAUGUACCGAAGACGAAGAUGCCGAACUGAGCGAGAUCAGUUUCUUAGAGAACCUGAAAAAUUCAGCUUUAACCGAACAACAGAUGGAAUUCGCCUUGUACAUGCUGACCAAAUCGUACUACCAGUACUUCAAUAAAACGAAAGUGAUAAUCUUGAUCACCGAAUACGACCAUUGCGCUUUACAUUAUUACAGAAAUAAUAAAGAAUCAUUCGUAGGUGUCGUUUACAAAAUCAUUAAUCAGAUACUCAAACGAACCUUUGAUUUUGCCCAAGACUUACUCCAAUUCGCUGUGAUCACCUCGAGCUCAACAUUAAGUUACAGCUUGGAUUGCUCGAUGCAUGAUAUGAUCACCCAUCAUGCGUUCCUGGAAGAGCAUCGGUUCACUCCAUACUUUGGUUUCACCGAAACUGAUCUCGAGCAUUUGUUCGCAGUGUACAAAUGCGAAGAUAAAGAGAAGAAAAUAAUCAAGGAUUUCUACAAAGGCUACCAAACGACUGGUAAACGUUUAGUGUACAAUCCGUAUUCCAUCACUGAAUACUUCAAAGCUCGAAACCCAGACUCUAAAACUCACGAUCUUCUGAAAGGAUAUUGGAAAAAGACGAUGCAUUGGGAAUACGUGUGUCUUUUCUUGAAAAAUCCGGUAUUCCGAGAUAAAAUUAAUACCCUUUUGCAAUCUCGUCAAGUUCAGUAUUCGAUUAGAAAAUUAUACGACUGGAACGCCCUUUUCGAGCUGGAGCAGUUGAGAGAUCGAGAAUACGAGGAAUCUGAGGAUACUCAUAUUGAUAUGUACUUCACGUUUUAUUUCGAGCUCGGUUUAUUUAGUCAUACCGAUCAGGCUGAUGUGUUUGGUAUUCCUAAUAAUGAGGCACAACUCGCAUACGAGGAUAUAUUACGAGCUUACCGAACGCCAAAGACGACAACGACGCAGAAAAGCUUUAAUUCUACGGUUACUACUUUGAGAGCAACGUCGUGAUUUACAGCAAGGCUAAUUUUAUCGAUCUCGAAAACCAAAAGAAACCUAUAAACUUGCCUGAAUUCAAAAAUAGGCAAUAGGUACCUUAUACUCGAAUACUUACCUACUAAUUUAAUUUAGAAAACGUACCAAUCAUUUUUUUUCAACUGUAAUUAUACCUAACCGCUUUGUUUCUA